AUGGAGGACUAUGCGCCGAGUCGUUAUAAAAUGCUGGACAAAAUUGGCGAAGGAGUCCACGGUUGCGUGUUCAAGGCCAUCGAUUUACAGCGCAACGUGGAGGUGGCCAUCAAAAAGGUGGCCUUAAAAAACAAAUUCGGAAACAUUUCAUUGAAUACGCUGCGUGAGAUUAAGACUCUACAACUGUGCAGCUCGGAAUACAUACUUAACAUUAUUGAGAUAUAUCCCGAUCUCACAGGACUAUCGCUGGUGCUGGAGUACAUGCCGGACACUUUGUAUGGUCGGCUCAAGAACGUAGAAAAUCCAUUGAGUCGCCAGCAGGUGCGCAAAUAUUCCCUUAUGAUGUUUAAGGGCAUGUCCUAUCUCCACGAGGCGGGCAUCAUGCAUAGGGACAUUAAGCCUGCGAAUUUGCUGAUCAGCCACACGGAUGUCCUCAAAAUUGCCGACUUUGGUCUGGCACGCCUUCAUUUUCCCGAUGAGGAGGCGCGCUUGUAUUCGCCACAGGUUUCCACUCGUUGGUAUCGCGCUCCUGAAAUACUCUGGGGCAGUCAGAAAUAUGGUCCUGCCGUCGACUUGUGGGCAUGUGGCAAUGUCCUGGCUGAAAUGCUACGUGGUGUUCCCCUUUUUGCGGGCACAACUGACAUCGAACAGCUGGCAAUUAUAAUACGCACGCUGGGAAGUCCCCGCCUAAACGAAUGGCCAGAGCUUACGGCUUUGCCAGACUACAGUAAAAUAAGAUUUCCCAAUUCGGUUGGCAUACACUGGGAUAACUUGUUUCCCAGUUGCACACAUGCUGUUGAAAUAGAUCUGGUCUCGAAUUUAGUAGUAUAUAAUCCCAAGAAUCGUCUAAAGGCCAUCGAGGCCGUCGGUCAUAGUUAUUUCCAUUAA